AACAAUGACCGCCUAAGCUAGAACAUUUUCCCUGUGACGCUGCCUAACGAUAUAUCUCCGCUACCAUGGCGGGAACAUCUCUCUGGGACUACAUCUUCAUUCGCGCAUCCAUAUUUCUCUUACACAUUAUCGCACCACUCAGCGUUGCUUAUUCAUUAGUCAGCCUGCUAGCCCGCCUUCCAUUUCAGUUCCCGCGAGUACUACAGGCUUGGCUCUCUCUGGAGGCUCUUUUCUAUUUGGUUGUCUACCUACCGCUGAACAAAUACCUCCAGAGGGCCGCAAAACACCCCGUCCCGCCCUGCCGCGCCGAUCGUCGGAAGUUGUUCCUAAAAUGCCACAAUAAUAUUCCCGACCCGGCUCAGUACCUAAGAAAAUGGUUCCGGAAUGCGCCAGUUUCCGAGAUUAAGCGCGAUAAUACCUACGACGAGGAAUUAGAAGAGUAUACUCAAGAGAUAGAGAAGCUGCUAGGCAAGAAGCUAGAGCCUGGCCGCGGAAACGCCAAAUGCCUCCGGUUAACUCUUGAGAAGGUAGAGAUGUUGCAUCGGAGCUUAACGUGGUAUCUAUGUGUGUUUGUUGUCGACACCAUAGCGUCUAUCUCUUUACGAUACCACUCGUUCAACUUUCAUCGCACGUCGUUUUCGCAGUUUCUCACUACCUUUCCCCUACGUCUUUUCACUCUGUUUGCGACCUGCACCUCCCAUGCUAACAGGCUUACUUACUGGCACCGUCCACAUACGUCCAAGACAAGGCUGCCUAUUCUAUUCGUUCACGGCAUCGGCGUGGGGCUUUACCCAUACAUAAACUUCUUAGCCGACAUCAAUGCCCAUGAUGCCGGGAAUUCUUCAGAUGGGCAGGUUGGCAUCAUCGCUAUAGAAAUUAUGUCGGUAAGCUCUAGGAUAACAUACGAGGCAAUGCUGAAAGACGAAAUGUGCGAUGAGAUUCGGCGCAUAUUGACCGCACACGGGUGGGAAAAGUGUGUCUUGGUAUCACAUUCAUAUGUAGACGGCCAAGUCAACCUAAUGAGUAUCUACUCUCCUACUUUGGUUCCAAGGAUAUAGGCAUAGCUCAUACGCUAUUCCGCCGUUUCUUCUGGGCUGAUAACUUAUUGUGGAAGGAGGAUAUCCGAGAUCAUCCCGUGACUGUGGUCUUGGCCGGCAGAGAUAGUGUGAUCGACACCAAAGCAAUACGGGCAUAUUUGCUGGGGUCAGACAAUUGGAUCUUAGAAACUACGGACUUAAUGGAUCUCGGUCAGAAAGGUGAUAGAUUGGAUGUGAUCUGGUUUCAAGAUCUGGACCACGGCCAGGUCUUUGAUGAAAAGAGGACGAGAAGCAGUCUGGUUGAGAUUGUCUGGACGUUUUGCAAGAAGUAGCCGACACAAUUCGUCCUAAUUUACAGUGGUAGGUUGAAAUGAGGUCAUCGAAUAUGAUGAGCAAGUUCUCCCGC